AUGGCCGCAACCCCCACCGACGCGGAUUCUGCUUCGUCACAGCCGACCGGUGACCUGCAGGCCAGCUCCUCAGCCAGCUACCCCACCGCCAUCACCACCUAUGUCACCGAGACCGUCAGCAACUCUGUGGUCGAGGUCAUCACCACCACGAGCUACUCGGGUGCCCCCCUCGCGACAGCCGUGACGCAGAGCACAAAGUCCUCAGUCCCGGUCGCACCGAUCGCAGGCGGGGCAGCGGGCGGUGUCGUCCUUGCUGUGGCGAUCGUGGUCGCUUGGGUGUGGUGGGGCAAGUGCAUAAAGCGCAAGACGUUGAAGGAGCGGCAGGAAACGCUGGCAAGGCUGCAGGUCCGGGAGAACACCCGCCGGAAUGCAUCCUCUAACUCGUUCACCUCCCUCCCCCACUCCUCCCGCACCUCGCGGCGCGAAAAGAAGGUCUCCUUCGUCAGCACGCCCGCGUCGGCGGCGUCCACCCUCAAGGGCACGGUGCGCGACUUGAAGGAGGACCCAUCCGAGAAGACGGCUCAGCCUGAGCCUUCAGCACCGCCGUCCAAGGGACCUGUCAAUCCGCACAAGCCCGUCCGCCCUAGCCCCCUCGGUCGCGCGAACUCGCGGAACGAGCAGGCACCGCUGUUGGCUGUGUCGAGGACACCUUCAUCGCGCCCGGCAACGCCUCCGCAAAGCCCUUUCAAGGAUUCUGCGGCGCCCCCGCGCCCCCGCCGACUGUCUCGUGACCCCCCGCCGAAGCCAGCCCGCCGACCAUCUCAAGACGCAGCGACACCCUUCCCCACGCAUCCCACCCAAUCCCCAAGCCCGACGUCCUCCUCGCCCGUGCAGCCCUUCCUCAAGCGGCAGGUGACGCACAAGGUCUCCGCAGCGAGCUCCAUGUCAGCCUACUCGACCGAGAGCGGAGAGGAGCGGCAGAAGCGGGUGUCGACGAGCCUCGUGAUGGCCGCGCUGGGGCACAUGGACCCGCGCCGGUCGUGGCUCGGCAACUACCUUCCGUUGAACAGGCGCAGCCGCGCGGUGGACGACCUGGAGCAGAGCCGGCUGUCGACGAUGAGCGCUGCCUCGGCGUAUUCGCAGGUGGACGCGGAAGCGGAAGCAGAAGCGGACGAGCACGUCGGGUACGCGUUUGGGGGCGAAGAGAGCAACGAGGGUUAGCGAGCUACUACUGACUGGACUGAGACACUAGACGUUGAACAGGUAGAGCUGCCUGGACCUUUCACGAGCUGAUGAUACGAUGUAGUGUAUACCUUUUGGGCUGUGUAGCGGUAAUGUUGUGUUUUUGCUUUUCUUGGUUUACAUUGGGUUUUGUUGACGUUGCUGUUGUAUGCGAUGUUGUAAUGCCUUUCGGGCUCACGCUGUGGCAAUGUCAUGUAGUGCGUAGUGGGACGCAAUCUAUGCAAAUGU